AUGAGUCAUAUGCUUGUUCAAUCAUUCAAAUUUCAAAUGACUCCAUCAUCAUCAAAUGAGAAACAAUUCAGUUGUGGUGGUGAACAAUGUAAAAAAUGUGGUGCAUGUCGCGACUGGUAUCAACGUCGUAAUAGUGAUGAUAUUAUCAAGCGUUGUAAUGCUACUUGUACUUGUGAUUAUAUGUUUCGUCAUAAUCUUGUUCGUCAUCCUGUUCGUUGUGAUAAUGGAUAUUAUCCUAUUCAUAGUUUAAUAUGUAUGUGCAAAGAAAAUGGUUGGAAAUAA